CGCUGGGCAGGUGACAGCCCCCUGCUGCUGCCCGGGCCGGGUGUCUGUGACACGCAGCGAGAGCCGGGGGCAAAGCCAUGGCCAGGGAGCUGAGCCAGGAGGCGCUGCUGGAUUUCCUCUGCCAGGCUGGGGGGCGAGUGACCAACGCCGCCUUGCUAGGGCACUUCAAGCGCUUCCUGCGGGACCCCGCGCCGGCCGGGCAGGUGCAGCAGCGCCGGGAGCAGUUCAAGAGCCUGGUGAACUCGGUGGCCACGGUGCAGCAGGAGGCGGGCGGCGGCCCCAAGUACGUGGUGCUGAGGAAAAGGUACCGGGACCUGCUGGGCGAGGAGCUGGGGCCACCUGCCGCGGAGCCGCCCCCAGGGCCCGGGCGGUGCCAGGGGCAGGGCCUCGCCGGUGCGUCCCCAGGGAAGGAGGCGGCUCCUCCAGCCGCCCAGCCAGGGAGCGGAGCGGGCUCCCCGGGAGGCCAGGGCAGCGGGGCGCGCUGCGCUGCCCGGGCGCACGCCAGGCUCCAGGAGCAGCAGCGCCCGGCACCCCCCGGCCGCCUCCCCCGGGAUCAUCCCCGUGGCUGCCCGGGCGGAGCUGGCCGGGGGGCUCCCGGUCUCCCCCAGGCUAACUCCGGGAGGCAGGGAGCGGAGCCGCCUCCUGCCCCGGCUUGGGCCGCCGGCGGCCAGGGGCACCCCCCGGAGCGCUGCGCCCCGUGCCCGGAGCUGCGCCGGGCUGCCCUGCGCGCCCUCCCCGGGGCGCCCUGCGCUCCCGCCGGGCUCCAGCAGCAGUGGAUCCAGGAGUGGGUGGAGAGGAGCCGGGAUGCGGGGCAGGCGGCCCGGGACAGCUGCUCCGCUCCUCGCUCGCCCGACGGCACCUGCCCUGGCCCGGCCCGGCCGCUCCCCGAGGCUGGCUGGAGAUGCCCCCCGCCCAUCUUCAUGAGCAUCCGGUGCCAGCUGGCCCUGCAGGACCUGGAGGACUUCGUGGAGCAGGCGAGCCCCGGGAGCGAAGAGGGUAGUGGGGGUGGCACCGGCAGCGAGGGGAGCGAGUCUCUGCAGGAGGCGAGGGACAGGGGUGCCAGCCCCGCUGGGGGAGCAGGUGAAGUGCCCAGGGACCCAGGGGCGCAAGACUCACGCUGCCAGCAGCUCAGCAAUGGGGCACCCAGCAACCGCAGCCAGCGCAGAGCCAACCGGCAGGUGGUGGAGGUGAAUGGUACCGCGCCCUGCACCCGCUACUCCUUCAGGAGCAAGAGCGCCCCUGGGAGCAGCAGGGUGUCCUCCUCCGAGGAUGAGCUGAGGGACCAGGACCAGGGGAGGAGAGGCCGGCGCCCACGGAGGUCCAGGAAGAUGGCCAAGGGGGCAAUAUUGGCUUUCCCAGGUGUGGACACUCCCAUCACUUUCCAGUACUUGGGCUCUGUGCAAAGACAGAUUUGUAGGCCCACAGAGGAGACGCUGCCAGUUCCCCAGAUGUCUCUGGACCCCAGGCCCUCCUCCGUGCCCCUAGACCCCAGGGAACACAACUGGAUUGUCAUGGUGGCUGCUGGCUCCUGGGUGCAGGUCCGGGCGCUCUUCCUGGAAGAUCCCCAGCUUGCUUUGCAGAGGGACUUUAUCUCGGGCUACACCGCCCUUCACUGGAUUGCCAAACAUGGAGCCAGCCAAGUGCUCCAGGACUUGGUCAGCGGGGCUGAGAAAGCGGGCACCCCCCUGGAUGUGAAUGUGAAAUCCAGCUGUGGCUACACCCCAUUGCACCUAGCGGCCAUCCAUGGACACCAGAGGAUCAUGAAGCUGCUGAUCCAGAAACUGAACUCCAAGGUCCAUGUGCGGGACAGCAGUGGGAAGAGGCCUUGGCAAUACCUGAGCAGCUCAACCUCUGGAGAAAUGUGGCAGCUGCUAGGCGCUCCGAAGGGCAAGACAAUCUUCCCUACCCAGCCCUUAGUCAAACACUCCUCACCCCCCAGAAAGGCCAAGAGCCAGGAGGUGGCCAGGAGCAUCAGCAGGAAAACUUCCCUUGCGGCCUGCCUGAAACCAAAGCACAUGAAAUGGAAAAUGGCUAACAAGUACCCUGCCCUGAGGGAACAGGAGGAGUAUAGCGACUGACAAUGCAGCAGAGCCAGCCCAAAGUGGGGAGCACAUGGACAAGCCUUGGGUAGAGGCUACAGAGCCCUUCUAGGCAGGUUGUUCACACAAUGCGGGGUCAGUCUAGAGGUGGAGGAGAGGGGGCACUUUCUGGUUAACUAACUCUUACACUUUAACUACUUCUGGAUCCUUUUCUGGCCUAUUUUUAAUAGAAAAUCCAUCUAGAAACCUUUUGUCCAAUGAGCUAAUGCUGUGACAACUCCCUGCCAUAGGAGACAGCCAACUUUGGGAGGCAGCUGGGGGCACUCGCUCCCUGAAGCUUAGCCAUGAUCCACAACUGAGCUACUUGAGAUCUCAGACUACUUCCCUCCCACCCCCCAUGGCCCCUAGUUCAGGCAGUUAGUCUCAGAAAAAAGUUCUUUAGAUGCUGGAAAGGUGAGGUGGUGAAAGAUAUGCAAGGGAGUAAGUAGUGAUCACAGGAAGAAAAGAUUUGAGAACCCUAAAUCAUCUCUAUUUGACCUGGCCUCCAGAUUGAAACCAAGAGCAGAGUGUGAGCCAAAACUCAUCUUCAGGUACUUCCUGCUGUGGAGGGAGAUCAUCACCCAAACAAUAAGAGAAAUAUUCACGUGUCACGGGGGAGGGGAUGAUAAAGAUGUUACAUUGGAACAUCAUGUGCACUAUGCUAGUUGCCAGCUCAGAUGAAUUAUUUGCCUGUAGAAGGGUGUGUGAGGAGAGACUGGAGACUCUUCACUUGGGAAUGUUAAUGAGAGAUGAGGAAUCCCUGGCACCUAGAGACCCAACCUUUAACGCUGCUUUGAUGAAAAUCCAAGACUUCUUGUUUCAGUGCAGAUCAAAAGAGGGACUGAAAAAGGCACUGUCACAAAGAUGAGAAAUAGGGCUAAUCUGUUUAAAAAACAAUGUUUUUAAAUUAACAAGGUUCAUAA